AUGAAAAUAUAUUUAUCUUUAAUAUUCUUUAUUUUAAUAAAUUCUUUGGCAGAAAGUGCACAACCAUAUUUCCCACCUCAAAUUGUGUUUUCUCCUAAUGAUGGUCAAACAUUAUACGCAAUUGAUGAAAUAAAUCAACGAGCUUAUACAAUACUCCAUUACGGUUCUACAGGACGCGAAAUGUCCUUUGCCAUGAAACAUUUUCCAUAUGCAAUACCGGAUUCCCCGCAAUCCAAAUAUUAUGUGCAAUUAAUAGUAGAUUCUCUACCAUUUGAUUGUAUGUAUGGAACCUAUUGGAAAUAUGGUGGAAAUCAAUAUAAUUCAUUUCCUUCACAUUGGUGGGGUUAA